ACUUAAUGCAACCCUGUGUUUAUGACUAGAAAUUUUCCAACAUCAAAAACUUUUGCUCAGAUAAAAUCGUGUUUUUGGGUGAGUUGGACGUGUAAAUUUCCGACGUUGGACGUUUAAUUGUAGUUUUACUAUCUCUGCUGCAUUUAUAUCUACUUAUAUUUGAACAGACUGUACUUUGUUAAGAAAAGAAAAAUGAAAAUGUAAAAUAUGAAAUUCUUUUAUUGCUAGGUUAUAACUAGUUAUUUACAUGCAGAGAUUUGUUGUGUUUGUUAUUUGGUACUUUAUAUGAGGAAUUAAGUGUGGAUUUAACUCCACAUUGUAAAAUGAAAUUUUCAUAUAUAUUUAUAUGUACAUAUGUAUGUACAUGAAGUGCUUUAUGAAAAGGCAUAUUCAUGCCGAGUACAAAGAAAAUCUACGAUUUCGGUUGAAUUUACAUAAGUUCAAGUAAGAACUUAAAGCAAAUCUACGAAUUAUUUGUGUGCUGUACUUCGCUUGGAUUUCAUUUUGUGAUUUGUUAGUUUUAUGUAAUUGAGUAUAUAUAUAUUAUUAGAAGUACAAAAUGGCGAUUUUUUGGAAACGUGGCUAUCAAUUCUGUAAUAGAUUAACUUAUUCUAGACACCAACCGUUUAUUGGCCUCGUUUGUGUGAAACGGAUAGUGUUCGUACACAAUUCUACUCGGUUGAGGUAAGAUUGGCACACCAACUGAUGAAAAAAUUCACAAAUGCAGGUCUUGUGGCAACUCUGAUUAAUUUUGUAACUUGAAGUUGGCUACGCUUUUUGAUGAACGUCGUUUGUAUUCUAUUACAGAGGGGCAUGUCGCCAUAAUUGAAAUUUUCUCUACACCAUCGUGUUUCUAGCUCGUCAAAUUUUCGUAGCAUUUAUCAAACUUGGCAACGUUGGAGCUAAUUAUUCAAUUAAUCUUAAAUAUUUUUAAUAAAAUAAUAGUUAUAUACAUGAAUUGUUGAAAAUAAAAGUAUUUAGAUAAAGAUAAAUGAGAAGCAUAAAACUCGUACAAAGUUAUGUAAUCAGAGUUAAUUGAUACAUACAGAUUUGUAUCAAACAGAAAAACUAAGAAGACGGACUUUGUGUAGUAAACCACAUCGUUAUCGACAACCAUUAUUAAUAGUCUGGCAGUUAUCUUAAAAUAAAAAUGCCGCGUAUAGUACCGUUGCAGCUGCUAAAGUGCCUAAAGGUGCUCUUGGAUGAUAACGGUGGUAUCCUUAGCAUCGGAGAAGUGAAACGCAUUGCGGGAUUGAUGAAUAGAUAUUCAAAGAAACUUGUAUCAAAAUGCAUUUAUGUACAAAUUUUAAAAGUAACAAAAACAGAAUUGCUUGGUGAAUUUAUGGGUGUUGGCGGCUGGUCGUUGGUAUAUAAUUGGUUGAACGACGCUAUCCGUGCCAUGAAUUGGCCACUCGUUCAAGAAAUUCUUGAAUUGCUUUUACUUUGUCCUGUGGAUGUAGACCGGCUAAAAAUAAAUUCAGCUCCUAAACUAGUGAAAGGCCUAUGCAGAGAUGGCGGCAAUGAAGGUGUACGCAUACUUGCAAAGCGAUUGGUAGAACAGUGGUUGAAAGUAGUGACAGAGAAUACAGCGAGUACUCAGGCGGAAACUGCUCAACAACCGACAGUGCCGGGCACUGCGUCAACUACAUAUACUGGGACUACACCACCUGCUAUUCAAUCUACUACUGUUGUACGACAAGAGAACAAAAUGACACCAAAUUGUUCCGAACCAAGUAAAGUUAAAUCGCCAAUGGUUAUCCGUCGGCAAUCAUCGAAUGCCUCUGAUGAAGAUCCCUUAGCAGAUGUUGCUGAUGUUCAACCCCAACCAGCUUCUUAUGCACCUACAGCUGCUCAGAAGAAAGCAAGUGAAGCGGGUUUGGUUUUUAAACUUGUUUACAAAGAUGGUCAACAAGUUUUAACAAAAGUACCAAAGACUGUCCAAGUAGCCACUGUUGUUGAGCAAGAGGAACAGGAAGAAACGGCAAAUGCGCCAGAUGAAAGUCAGAAUACAGAUCGUGAAGUCGAACAGGAGACCGAAGUUAAUGGUGAUGCGGAAGCCGAAAGUGCAAGCGCAGAUGACCAGGAGGUAGAAGAAGAAACUGAUGGGCACACUCAUUCGGCAGUAAUUGAUGAAGAAGAAGACACGAGAAUGUCUAUUGAUAAGCGAGACAAAGAUAGCGAAAGUAGUGCUGAUGAUGACACGCUGAUAACACCAGAUAACAAGAAGGUGAUAUCUGCGGAACAAUCUACAAGUUCCAGAAAAAAGUCAGUUGAUACUGAAAGUGAGAAAUCAGUAAGUAGGGAACGUAAGAGUUCGAAAGAUUCGAAGGAAAAUAAAAAUAAGGACAAAGAGCAUAGAAGUGAAAAAGACAAAGACAAAGAUAGGAAAUAUUCAUCCUCUUCAUCAAGCCACAAAUCAUCGAGUCACAAAUCAAAAAGUUCAUCUUCGAGUAAAUCGAAAUCAUCAUCUUCGUCGUCAUCUUCUUCACACCGUAGCUCAAGUGACAAACAUCGCAGUGACAAGGAUCGCUCCAGCUCUGGCAAAGACAAAGAUCGUAAGGAUGGUAGUAGCAGUAGUAGCAGUUCAAGUAAACAUAGAUCAUCAACUUCCUCAUCCAAGUCUUCAUCUUCAAGUAGCUCUAAAGACAAGCAUCGUGAUAAAGACAAAGAUAAGUUAGCCAAUACAUCAUCCUAUUCACAUAAGAAGGAUAAAGAGCGAGAAAAAGAAACACAAAUUGAAAAGGAUAAAGAAAUUAGUUCAAAGUCAUCGCCAUCUACCACAGAGAAGCUGGGUCGUAUACCAAAAAAACCUAAAGAUGAAUCGGAAUCGGAUUCACCAAAACCUACUUCAAUAACCAUUCCAUCAAAGAAAGCCUCAAUGUCAAUAGAAAUCCGCCGAGAUUCAGAAAAGACUAAAACUGUAAAAACAUACAAAUCACAAUUUCGUUCGCAUGGUCUCACUGAGGAAGCACCACCACCGCCCUCGCGAAAGGGUCUUAAAAAGCCUGUUUCCAGUGUUUCAGCACCCGGCACUGUCAUUCCAACCAGUUUACCAUCAUCACUGAAGCGUCCAUCGCCGCCGCCGAGCAGCAGUGAUUCGCCAACACAGAAGAAAAGCAAAAUCGAUAUCAACAAUCUGACGGUAGCCAAUGAGAAGCCAGGCGCUAUAAAAUUGAUCGCCCCUAAGAAAAUUCAAACCCUCGUCGAGACAAAUCUCUUCUCUGAUGCACUUUCGGCUGCAACGGGUCCCAAAAAGGUGACAAAGCGCAAGCGUCCAACUACGCCGGGACCCGGUCCAAAUAAAGAUGACCCAGCCACGCCUACCAGUCCGGAUGCGCCUAAAGUGACGCCAUUGAAAUUCUAUCAGGACACAUUGGAUGAGCCGAAGAGCGAUGAUAAAUCCGAUAAGGAAAAUGAUGUCAAAGAAAACGCUAGCAAUAAAACGGAAGACGGGGAGGCAGCCGAUAAGGAUAAUAGCACUGAAGAUGAUGAUGAUAUUCCACUGAAGAAGGUUAAAGAGGAUAUUGAACAAAAGGUACUGCAAGAGCAGAAAACUGCAGAUGAGAGCGCUGAUGCUGCUGCUGCUAGUACAGUCAGCGGCUCGGUCGAUAUCACUGGCAGUGAUGCCGAGGAAGAUGUCGCUACAAAAACUGCCGACGAAGAGCCGGAAGCGCGCAAAGCGCCAGGACCCGGUUGUGGACCGAAUGGACCACCAGGUGUACUUAUGCUGCAUCGACGCAAAGGUCCCAAAAAGAAGUUGACUUGGCGUCCACAAGAGCAACUCGAGCAGAUACGUUACUUCGAGUUGGACGAAACGGAGCGUGUUAACGUCACUAAAGCACAAUCGUUUAUGGAUAUGAAGAAUCUUGAACGCUUCGGCGAACGCGAUGCCAUCAAUAUUGCGAGACGUAAUUUUACGCAUGAUGACAAUAUGCGGCCACAGAUGGAAUGGCGACCGCUCAUCGAAGUCGAUGGUGUGCCACCACAUCCAAAUGGCAAUCAAUCUAAACAGCGUAAGGUGCAAGCCGAACGUGAACAGACCACAUUGCGUGCACUAUACUUCUCGCUCAGCAUGAUACCCGAUUCACCGGCGGAGGCAGAGUUGGAGCCACACUUCGCUGUCGAUAUACCAGUUAUACCACUCGAAGAUAUUACCGGCAAUCCCGAUGCGGUUAGCGAUUACACCAACAUGCCUUGGCCGGAGCCAAAAAGCUCACCAAAGUCACCGGAAAUCAAUCUGCCUGCUACCGGUAAACUGCCACCAAACGCACAAAUGAAUACAUUACCACCAAACAAUCUGAAUCCCUAUCCCGGCUUUAUGCCGCAGUACCCUGGUGCGCCCGCACCGAACAAUAUGCUACAGCAGCAAAUGCAAAUGCCCAGACCGCCAGUUGCAGCUGCUGCAGCGUCACCACAAGCACACCCAGCCUGGCAAGCUGGCAAUUUUAACGGCAACUUGGGCUUGGGUCCCAUGGUUGGUGCACCAGCUGUGCAACAGCAGAACAUGAUGGGCCCAUUCGGCCCGAAUGCCGGCAAUCCGCAGUGGCAAAUGCAUGCUGGUGGUGGCGGCGGCGGCGGCGUACAAUACGGGCCAGGGCAGGGUCCCUUCAAUAAUGCACCCAACUUUGGACCACUCGGCUUAAUGGCGUCGCGUGUUAUGCCAAAUAUGACGCCGCCAAGUCCAUUUGAACGCAACAAUAUGAAUAAUAAUCAUCACAACAACAACAAUGCGCAACGUAAUAACGGCGGCGGUUGGCGUACCGGCUCAAACUUCCAAGAUAACAACAAUGGCGGCAAUUGGCGCUCGGGCGGCGGCGGGCCGAAUCGCGGCAACAUUGGUGGCAACAACUCGAACAGCGGUAUGUGCAAGGCAUUCAUGCGUGGUCACUGUCGCUUAGGCAAAUCCUGCAAGUUUAUACACCCAAAGAGCAAGCGCAUAUAGGACUCGCCGGAAUCUUCAGAUGAAGAUUCAAAAACGAUCUCGAAUAAACACUGUGAUAGUGGCGAUAAGUCGAUGCGCAAAUAAAGCAACUAGGCCAGGUUCUUUAAGAUCCUGCUGUUUGUUGUCGGCCGCUUGGAGUCGCGUUGCUCAAGCCACAAAGCGAUUGAAUAGCUAUCAGCCAUGCCAAUUUGGCAGUAACUAAGAGUGAGGAGAGGAAAAAUUCAUUUAGAUUUCUAUGAAAUGUCUUUUGCUAUUUUUGUACAAAAUAUUAGAUUUAAUUGCUUUAGACUUAACAAAAAAGAUUGAGUUGUUAGUGGAUGGAAAAUAUCAUGAAAACUAAUCGUAGAUUGGAAAAGAUUUUUUUAACGGUGUUUCUGGAUUAUGAAUCAUAUUACUAACUAGACUAAUGUAUAAAAUUUAGAAAUAAAAAUAAUUAAAAAUACUAUGUUACCAAGCCAUUUGCAUUAAACAUAAUCGUUGAUUACAUAUAUAAAGUAAAAAUAUCAUUUAAAAACAAAUAAAAUGUAGUAAAAAUGCAUACAACAAAUCAAAAAAAAAAAAAUUAACACAAACUAAUUAUUUGCAUAAAACCUUAAGGAGUUGAAGUUGAGGACUUCCGAACGCAGCGAGUCUUUGUUCCACUAAUUCAACGAAAACUUUUUAAAUUUUUGCUUUCAUUCCUGCACACGCACACACAACGCUGCUCUAUCAAAUGGCAAAAAAUUAUGAUGAAUUGAUAAGAUUGUUGAUAGGAGUAUAACGGUUAUACAUACAUACUUACAUACAUACAAUUAUAUAAUUAAUAUAUUGAAUGCAAUAAGAAAGUAUCGUAUUUAAUUCUAAGUGAGUUUUCAGCGACACACACACACUAUGUAGAUACAAGUAUGUAGAUAUGUAUAUAU